AAACUGUGCGUUUUAUUCCAGCUGCCUUGACCGCGUUAAGCCGUCGCUCUUUUUGACUGUUGGCUUUGAUCAGAUAAGAGGUUCAAGCGGACACAUUCUUUUGCACAGUAGGUAUAACUGAAGCUACAUUUUGAAAGAUGGAUUGUUCAGAGGAGGUUCAGUCCGUGUCUGAGGAGCCCACAGCUCAAAUGGAACUAAAAAGGGGAAUGUCGAUUUUCAUUGAUAUUUUACGGAGAGCUGAUAAAAAUGAUGAUGGAAAGCUGUCCUUUGAUGAAUUUAAAGCCUACUUCUCCGAUGGAGUCUUGACAGCUGACGAGUUAAAGGAGCUCUUCCACACAAUUGACACUCAUAACACAGACAAUGUGGACACUGAUGAACUCUGUGAGUAUUUCUCCCAGCACCUCAGUGAAUAUGAGAAUGUUCUGGCUGUCUUAGAAGACCUGAAUAAGUCCAUACUGAAGGCGAUGGACAAAACAAAGAAGGAAUAUCAGGAGUCCACCCACCUGGAGCAGUUUGUGACCCGAUUCUUGCUGAAAGAAACGACCAAUCAGCUUUAUUCACUUCAAAGCUCUCUUGAGUGCGCCAUGGAAACCACAGCCGAGCAGACUCGCCAGGAAAAACAGGGCCCACUGAAGCCAGAGGUUCUGUCCAUCCAGUGGUCAGGUCGUCGCUCCAAUCGGAGGCUUCAGAGAAACAGCAGCCUCUCUCCCAACAAUCCUCUCCUCAGUCUCGUCAAUGCAGGUGUUUACGAGGAAGACAGCCAGUGGAUGAUCCAGGUCAACAGGCUGCAGAGGCUUAUUGACCGUCUAGAAAAAAAGGAGAUUCGUCUGGAGCCUGUUGAAGAGGAGGUCUUGGAGAGCAAAUCGCACAUCCUGAUAGUCCAGAGGCAGCUGUCGGUGCUGGAGGACGAGCUGGAGGAGUUUCGUUUGGCUCUCAGACAGUACAUGGAGUGUGCCUGCGCCCAGACUGGAUGUCUACACAUCGCAGUUCAGCGGCUGGCGAAUGAAUCACGCUUCAUUCUCUAUGAAUUCUGGGAGCACAACAACGUGUGGAAGAAUCACCUGCAGACCAACUACAGUAAGACCUUCCAAAGGGGGAACGUGGACUUCCUGGAAACUCCUGAGAGCAUCACCACCAUGCUGGUUCCUGCCUCAUGGUGGGUCCUCAACAACAACUGAAAGUGUUGACGGGCACCCUUCACAGAUCACCACUGAUCGCUGCAGAGAGCAAUAUCCAUCAACACAUUAGGAAGACCACAGCACACACACACUCUUGAAGUCAUGGUGAUUAGUAUUUAUGGCCUCCUUCAUAGUUAUAGGUGGUAGUCUGAAAUAGUCCACGUGUUUGUUUACACUCCUAAAUGAUGCUCUGACGUCCUAAAAGCAAUGGCCUCAUCAAACAGAGACUCAUCUGAUGAUCUAACAUCAUCACUGUGUUUGAUGUGACAUCAUCUGUAACCCAGGGUAGGUCAUGAGAGCUGUGUGUGUGCGUGCGUGCGUGUGUGCGUGCGUGUGCGCAUUUGUGUGAGGGAGAGAGAGAGGGAAGGACAGACAUAAUUGUAUUAAUUAUAGCAGCUCUGGGAAGCUGAUUAAACCAUUAUUCUGUUGUUGUGUAUUCAAUGUGUGAAAUAAGAUUUUUAAAAAAAUCUGUUCAUCACAAAUAAAGAUGAUAUAUUGUUGUGUAA